AUGCUGCGCCGGGUAUGCGGCUUCCUACUGCCCACCGUGGCCAGCCAGGAAUAUGAAUCUGAUUGUCUUUUUGAAGAGCUCUUUCAGAAGCUGGACCACAACCCGGAUGGGAUGGUGGACAUCACCGAACUGCAGGAAGGACUGGAAGCCGUGGGCAUCCACCUCGGCCAGAAGGCGGAGGAGACAAUUUUAAAAUCUAUUGAUACUGACACACAUAAUCUACUGAACCUUGGCAAAUUUAUUGAGUACCUUAGAGAUCAUGAGAAACAAUUGAAGUUGGCUUUUAACAGUUUGGACAGAAAUGAUGAUGGAGUGAUUGAUGCUUCAGAAAUUGUCCAUACUCUCAGUUUAAUAGGUUUAAAUAUUUCUGAAGAAAAGGCAAUGAAGAUUCUUAAAAGCAUGGAUACUGAUGGGUCAAUGACAGUGAAUUGGGAUGAAUGGAGGAAGUAUUUUUUAUUAAAACCUGCAAGAAAUGUUGAGGAAAUUGCUGACUACUGGAACCGUUUUGCUGGAAUUGAUAUGGUAGAUAGCUUGAUUUUUCCAAAUGAUUUCACAGAUGAAAAAAGAUCUGGCCUGUUGUGGAGAUAUCUUUUGGCUGGAGGGAUAGCUGGUAUUUGUGCUCGAACAUGCACAGCACCAUUAGAUCGUCUGACAAUUAUAAUGCAGAGUUCAGAAACAAAGAGUAAAAAGAUAAUAAGCAGUUUAAUGGAGAUGGUGAAAGAAGGCGGAGUCAUUUCUUUGUGGAGAGGAAAUGGCGUGAAUAUUCUCAAGAUCGCUCCUGAAACAGCUGUUAAGGUCUGGUCGUAUGAACAGUAUAAGAAUCUUCUCCAUCCUCAUGAAGAAGGCAAAUCAGAGGUUAUUGAGAAAUUUGCUUUUGGUUCUUUAGCUGGUGCUACUUCACAGUCUUUCAUUUAUCCUUUGGAGAUUUUAAAAACAAAGUUGGCGAUAAGUAGAACUGGAGAGUACUCUGGGUUGGAUUGUGCCAGGAAGAUUUGGAAGAAUGAAAGGGUUAGAGGCUUUUACAAAGGCUUUAUUCCUAAUUUUCUGAUUGUCAUACCAUAUGCAGGCAUAGAUAUUACUGUUUAUGAGCUUUUGAAGAUUUAUUGGCUAGCCACUCAUUCAGAAGAACCUGGGUUGGUGUCUUUGGUGGGAUGUAGUGCCUUGGCUAGCUUUUGUGGUCAGUUUGCCAGCUACCCCCUGAACCUGGUGAGAACUUGCAUGCAGAUUCAAGGCACCGAGUUUGCGCUAGGAGAUUCUAUGCAUUCAAGUGCUCUUUCGACAUAUCCUGGAAAAUGCUACCCUUCCCCGAGACCCUCUGGAGCAUCAGGCCCAUAG